CGCUCGGUACCAGUACAUAGCGAGAGGCCAAGCCGCACCGCAAAGCACCACAAAACCCUAGCCGCCUCCGCCCCUCUCCUCUUAAACCCCAGCCCCCACUUUCCCAUCUCCAUUCCCCUCCCCGCCGUCUCGACUCUUCUCGUCUCAUACCCCACUCAGGUCUAGUCUUCCUCCAUGGCGGCGUUUAACAAGCUCGGAAGCCUUCUUAGGCAGAGUGCUUUCGCGAGCAGUGUCUCAGCUGGCUCAGCACCUGCCAUGUUCAAUGCUGCUCGGUUCAUGUCCAACAAGCUUUUUGUGGGCGGUCUUUCCUGGGGUACUAAUGACGGUUCUUUGAAAGAGGCGUUUUCCAGCUUUGGGGAGGUCUAUGAAGCACGUGUGAUCACUGACAGAGAAACUGGAAGGUCCAGGGGGUUUGGGUUUGUGGAAUUCUCCAAUGAAGAGGAUGCAAAGAAGGCUGCGUCUAGCAUGGAUGGUCAGGAACUUGAUGGGCGUAGUGUCCGUGUGAACUUUGCCAAUGAGAGACCGGCAGGAGGGAGCCGUGGUGGCUUUGGCGGAGGCGGCGGCGGUGGCUUUGGUGGUGGCGGCGGCUAUGGCGGCGGCGGUGGUGGCAGAAGCUAUGGUGGCGGCCAGGAUGACGCCUACUAAGGACUACCUAAAUUUAUAAUAAUGAGCUUUAGGACCCUAUUUUGAUUAUGCGGAACCUUCAUGUUUUACUACCUGUUUUAUGUCGUAUGUUUGGGCAGAUCCUGUUCUGUUAGCGUUUUUUGUUUGUUUCCGAGUAAUUCGUAUGCCAUGCCAUGCGACAAGCUCUGCCUGAAUGCAGUUUGUAGAGAAUGAUUGCAUAUGUUAGUGAUCAUAAGGUCUACCAAUAUUGUCUUAGAAUCAAAUAUUGAGAUCUAUGCUACAAAAUUGCAAAUUUGUUAGGUUUGAAUGUUCUA